AUGAACUCCAACUCACCAUACCCGCGUGUUACCUAUAUCCCUACGCCAAAAACCCAGCGCGCUUCUGGUUCGCUUCAACAAGUUCUCGCGUCUCCAGUUCGGCAAGCACCUGCUCCGCCAGCAAUGGCAGACAUUCGAGUUGCCCGGCUCCGGGGCCUUUCUACGAUCCUCAAUAAUUCCACUUCACCCAAAGAAGCGACAGAAAUCUUUACCAGCGAGCUCCAGGUAAUGGCCAAGAACACCACCGACGUGUUAUCCAUCCUUGCACAAAUCAUACAGCACUACAAAGACGGCACGCGAAUACAUCGCCAAGCCCACAGAGAACGGCUAAUAGUGUACGACGGCCACUGGACCACGUACUUUCGGAAAGUCGCGGCCGAUGCGCAAUGGUUGACGAACCAGUGGGGUGGUAAGCCUUGGCUCCCUGCUGAUAUCCGAACUGCCGCUGAGAGCUUAUUUGGUAAUUCAGAGCCAUCAACCUAUGUUCAUAUGCUGGUUGAGAUUACCAAGGCAGCUCAGGCCAAGGGAAUGGGCCUUCACACUCUCAGGGUCGCGAUGAGGAAGGACGCUUUGCAAUACCUUACUCGUCAAAUGGUCAACAGUGUCAUCAAAGAAAUCAACGGUAGGAGCGUUAAAGAGGCCUCAAAGGCUCUCAAGAAUUCAGUUCAAGACAAGACAGUCAUUGAUCUCGCCAACAGCGAUGAAGCCGGCAUGGGCAGAUCCAAUGAGACGAGACCCAUUACCAAAGAUCCCAGCAACAAACUUCCUCUAGCGAACCGAGAACAUACUCUUCCAGAGUCCCUGGACUACAGAGCUUCUCAAGACAAUAGCGCACCAAAGCAGUCUCAGCCCUCACCUCUCACAAAAGAUGCAAAAGCGACCACUCCUCCAACAAGCAAAAAGCGCACAUUUGAGCAAAUGAACGGUGCAGAGAUUUCUUCUUAUACCAAAUACGAAACGCUCGUUUCGAACCUCAAGCCAGAUAAGAUUGCGCAACUACGAGCUCAGGCGAUUAAGAACCUGGAACGAGCAGAGUCCGACAAAGCCAGAUGUGACUGUGCACUUGCAUAUUUAAAUGAGAAGGAAGACCAGAUGAAACAAAUCCGCGAUCAAGGCAAGACCUUGAUUGAUGAGAUGAGCAGUGGGAUAAAAGAGCAGGGUAAUCAGGGUGUCCUAGCUGGGGUACUGGCAAGUACAGGAACGGCAUACUUCAACGGCAUCAAUAGGUUACUUGACUCCCUUCUCCAGUCGUUAUCUGGCUCUCAAGAUGGACGUACAGUGAGAGACUUACAAGCGCAACGUGCCGAAGCAGUCGAUAAGGCUGACAAAGAAAAGAAACAAGUUCAAGCGCUUAACCAUAUCGAAAAGGCGCGAUCAAUCCAUGAGAACUACAAGGAGGCCAAGGGCUAUCGACAAAAGAUACUUGAUCUUCUAAGUGAGACUGAUGAGCGUGCCAUGGAUCUGGAGAAAGCAUGCAUUGUCGCUUUCAGCCACGCGGAGCAAGAGGAUUGGGCUUCCGUUCUUGCGCCUGAGGAUGAGUGA